AUGGAUCGCCAUCCCUAUUUAGGUCGUUUUGAACAUGCGGCGGAGAGUUCUGUCACCAUGGCGGCUCUCUACCUCAAACUCAAGCCUAAAACCCUAACACCUCCGCAGUCUCUCCGCCCCUUCUCAUCCUCUUCGUCGCCGCCGCCUCCCCUUCCCGAUGCCGAUGCAGACACUUUCGAGCCCUCGGCACCCUCUCCUCGCUCCUCGUACUCUUCCUCAUUCAGCGAUAUCAAGGAACGGCUGAAGGCCCCUCUCGCCUCUCCUCGCCUGAUCCCGGCCGAUCCACCUCCGCCUCCGCCUCUCUCCUCUUCGAGUUCCCAACACACCUCACUUGAUAACCGCAAGCACCUGGCCGAGUUCCGCCUCCGAAGCGGUGGACCUUCCGCCGCCGGUGAGCGCCGCGCGUCUUCUCCCUCCCUAUCCUUCCAGGAGAUCUUCAAAAGCAACACUAUUUCGAAGGCCGGUGACGAUAGGGCUGACGGGAAAAACCAAGGUUUGCCAUUUGACAGCAUUCGCGAGAGCCUCCGCCAGUUUAGGGACUCGUCCGCGACGGGCGGCCAUCGGAGAGACAGCUUCCGUCCAAGACCGUUCAAUUUCAGUCCCUUCCAGGAAGGCACGCGGAUCCGUAGAGGAGAGACGGAGAAGGAGUUGAGGGAGAAAGCCGAUCAGGGAGAAGCCAAAAAAGGUCCAAGGACAGAUUUUUUUAGGUCGUAUAGCCAUGAUGAGUUGGGGGAGAAGCUCCGCAAGCUGAGGCCUGAAGCAGCUGACAAGGGCAACAAGGAAUUCUCUUUGACAGAGUUGAAUGAUAGGCUGGCUAAGUUGAGGGAAGCAGAAGAGAAAGAAUCGGAAAAGAGGUCGGGUGGGCUAUCAUUCAGGGAUCUCCGAGAUAGCCUAGCGUCAAUCAGUCAGUCAGUAGCCAAGAAGAACUCCAAUAUUCAGAGAUUAACAAUCCUUUCAAAUCUUACUGGGCAACCUUUGCACCGUUCAUGCAAAGUAUUUCCAUCCUGAUAACAUGUCUUCUGCGGAGAAGAUGAAGUUCGAGCUAAAAGGGGUCAGAGAAGAAUUUAAAAAUUUGGAGCUAUUCAUUUUAGAUGCCUCAAAAUCAACAGCUGGUUGACCAUCUGAAUUUCUGAAAGAACAUUAGCUAUGGCUAUGAAAAAAAAUUGGUAGCUAUGAUGUGUUAUCAAUUGUCAAGGUAUAAAUGAAUUAUUUUGCAACACUAGUUAAACGAAAAUUGUCUGAUUAAGAUAUGUUUAGUUCAUAUUUUAGAUAAAACUAUUUGGCAACAGGUCAAAUGGAAGUUCUUUUUAUGUGAUUUUGUUUCAUUGUGUAAGAAUUUUCUACUCUUGAAUCUUGAUCAAUCCUGUUCUGUGAAA